AUGCUCGAGAACACCCCGGUGGCUAGUACUGCGUAUGUGUGGAGGAGGAGACGCCUGUGUAACAGUAGUGCUUCAGCUGCUUUCAUGGCUGCUAACUGUUUACGGAUGGCAGUACGGUUCUAUGUAUCCCUCGUUAUUGUAGCAGUUGUAGUGAAACAUGGCUGGGCUGGUCAGCUAUACACAGAGGAAGACCCACUGGUGAUUCUGAGAAGUGAUAGUUUGAAGCAGACAGUGUUGAACUCCUCUACAGGCUGGCUGGUUCAGUUCUACUCUUCAUGGUGUGGACAUUGUAUACAGUACUCGCCCACCUGGAAAUCCCUGGCUGCUGAUGUACAAGACUGGUCUCAGGCCAUCCAUAUUGCAGUCCUAGACUGUGCACAUCAGGAGAACUUCGAUAUUUGUAAAGAAUUCAGCAUCCACUUCUACCCCACAUUUAGGUACUUCAAAGCACAUACUGCUACAUUUGAUAUUGGCAAGACAUACAAAGGAGCUGAUCGAGAGGUCCAGACAGUCAGACAGCUUAUGGUAAACUUCCUGCAAAAUCACACCAGACAAGACUGGCCAACAGGCUGCCCUCAACUGACACCUGCCAGGACUGAGGACAUCGUGUCCUUAUUUGGGCAGAAAUCAGACAAAUACACUGCAGUUAUAAUUGAGGAUGAAGACUCAUAUAUAGGAAGAGAGGUAAUAUUGGACCUGAUGCCAUUUGAGGGUGUGACAGUGACAAGGGCUUUAAAUUCACAAAAGGUUCUGACAGAGAAGCUUGGCAUCAGCACGGUUCCAGCCGCCUACCUCUUUUACCCAAAUGGCACACAUGCAGUCAUGGACGUGCCGAAAAAAAUCCGCUUUUUCUUCUCUUCGUUCCUCAAACUGCUUCCUGGAGUGCACCGGAAACAGUCCAGCUUUGUCCAGCAGCCUGCACAAGGAGCCGGGAAAGACAAGAGCAGCAGUGAAGGGUUCAAAGAAUUUGACAAGUCUAAAGUGUACAUGUUGGAUCUGGAGUCAGGCUUGCAUUACUUGUUGCGAGUGGAGCUGGCAACCCACAAAACUCUAGAGGGAGACGAACUGAAAACCUUCAAAGACUUUGUAACAGUGGUGGCUAAGCUCUUUCCGGGACGACAGUCUGUGAUUAAACUUCUGGAGACGCUGCUGGAGUGGUUGGUUAGUUUACCACUGGAGAAAAUCCCCUACGAAGCCAUUCUGGACCUGGCUAAUAACAAAAUGCGGAUCUCCGGGUUAUACUUGAGUGAUCAUGUGGAGUGGAUAGGCUGCCAGGGCAGCAGUGCGACACUGAGAGGAUACCCCUGCUCCCUCUGGACCCUCUUCCAUGUGCUCACUGUGCAGGCUGCCAGCCGACCUGUCGCUCUCGCCAACACGGCGCUGGAGGACGACCCCUUGGCCGUGCUGAGAACGAUGCGACAGUAUAUUGGAACUUUCUUCGGCUGCCGUGAAUGCGGAAAGCACUUUGAGGAGAUGGCACAGGAGUCCAUGAGUCAGGUGAAGUCUCUGGACGAGGCAGUAAUCUGGCUGUGGACGAGACAUAACCAGGUUAAUGCAAGACUGGCAGGAUCAAUGAGUGAAGACCCCAUGUUUCCUAAAACCCAGUGGCCGACCCCCGACCUCUGUCCUACAUGCCACGAGGAGCAGGAAGGCAUUCAUGUAUGGAAUGAAGACAUGGUGCUGACUUUUCUUAAACAACACUAUGGUGCUGCCAACAUCUCUCCCAAAUACACCAGCCAUACCCACCCCGACCCGGGUCCUGCUGCAGCCAACAAUGCCUUGUCCACGCCGUCCAACAUUCUCAUAAAAGGACUGAAGCCAUCUCCACAGGGUUCUCCUAAACACCUGAAGCGAACUGAUAUACAUGCUGGCGGAGAUGGAAGAACUGGGGUACAGAAGGAACCCAGCCUAUCGAUUUUAGGGCUGGGCUUCUCCAGCGUGGAUAUGAGUCUAUGUGUGGUGUUGUACGCUUUCUCCUGCGUCUUCCUCAUGCUCAUGUUCUUCUUCUUUCGGGUUCGCUCCAGAAGAUGGAAGAUCAAGAAUCAUAGGCCAUACGUAUAGCAAACAGACAUCUUUCCAGGAACUUUUCUGUAAUAUAGGAAACUCAUGAAGGAAUUUAAUUUAUUUGGUUAUUGUGAUGUUCUCUGUUGUGGUUUCUGCUGUGAUGAGACACAUACAGUG